AUGGGCGAAGCUACUCCUGCAAGCGCAACUCCUUCUUUCGACGGCAUAAUCAUUGGCGCUGGUAUUUCUGGUAUCAAUGCUGCAUAUCGGCUAGCGAGUGAUUUCCCUGAUUACCGAUAUGCCAUAUUAGAAGCUCGGGAUAGCAUAGGGGGCACUUGGGACCUUUUUCGCUAUCCGGGAAUUCGCUCUGACUCUGAUCUUUAUACCUUUGGUUUCCCUUGGUAUCCCUGGAAUCAGCCAAACCCGAUUGCCGAAGGAAAGAAUAUUGUAGCAUAUCUCAAAGAUGCUGCAACCGCCCAUAAUAUCACCCCUCACAUUCUUUUUCAACAUAGUGUGCAAUCUGCUGAAUGGGAUCAACAGAUGUGGACGAUUGAUGUUGACCAUGAUGGUACCGAAGCUCGGUUUUCUGCGAAGUUUCUGAUCUUUGGAACAGGUUAUUACGACUAUCAUAAGGCGCUACAGACGAUGAUUCCUGGUAUACAAGACUUUCAAGGCAAUGUUAUUCACCCGCAAUUCUGGCCAGAAGAUUUUGACUAUACCGACAAGAGCAUUAUCGUCAUCGGCAGUGGCGCUACCGCCGUAACUCUGGUCCCGAAUUUAGCCAAAAAGGCAAGCCGCGUUACCAUGCUGCAACGGAGCCCGUCUUACAUUUUCUCCCUUCCAAAUUCUAUGAAGAGAGGCUGGCUGAGUCGGAUUCUACCAACCAAGAUCGCGUACUACUUUAACCGAAUGUGGUAUCUUGGUUCCGCCCAGUUUAUGUUCAGAUUCUCCCGAUGGUAUCCUGCUGCUGUGAGGGCGGCUAUCGAAAAGAAGACUUCAGCACAACUUCCCUUGGGCAUUCCGUUGAAUCCACAUUUCAACCCACGCUACAACCCAUGGGAACAGAGACUUUGUCUUUGCCCUGACGGUGACUUUUUCAAAGCCCUUUGCUCUGGAAAGGCUCAGGUGGAGACAGGAAUCAUCGAAACAAUUGACUCGGAUGGGAUCCAGUUGACCUCAGGUCAAAGGCUAUCCGCUGAUACCAUCAUCACAGCAACGGGCCUCAAACUGCAGCUGGCGGGUGGUAUUCGCAUAAUAGUGAAUGGAGAGAAGUUUGAUAUGUCAAAGAAGUAUAUGUGGAAUGGCCUGAUGCUCCAAGACCUUCCUAAUGCUGCCAUUCUGCUGGGAUAUACCAAUGCCUCUUGGACAUUGGGUGCGGAUGCUAGUAUGUUGUCUAUUUGUCGACUGCUCAAGCUCAUGGAAAGCAAAGGCUAUUCCGUUGCUUGUCCUGAUCUCUCAGAUUCGACGCAACUUGAGCCAGGUCCGAUACUAAAUCUGAAUUCCACCUACAUCACGCGCGCGAACGAACAAUUGCCCAAAGGAGCGUCUCAGCGACCGUGGAUCGGUCGAGCAAAUUACUUUUCUGAUUUGUACUUUGCAAAAUUUGGUGAUCUUUCUCAAGGAUUGAAGCUUUCUUCCUGA